AUGACGGAUACCACGUUUUCGCUGUCGGAUAUACAAUUCCACCGUGUGGAGGGCGAUUGCUGGAUCGCGAUCCACGGCAAUGUCUACAAUGUCACCACCUUCUUAAGCAGUCAUCCCGGUGGUAAAGCCAUUAUUCUUCGGCAUGCUGGCACUGAUGCAACGGAAGCGUUUGCCGAUGUCCAUCCAGAAGAACUGCUGCAGGAAUAUUUGACCCCCGAUCAACUGUUGGGUCAAUUAGAGCCCACUUCUCAAGAUGGCAAGAGGACCGAAGGGACACAAACGCAUACAAGUCCUGCUCCUCCUCUGGAUUCAAUCUUGAGCAUUGCGGAAAUGGAAGAACUCGCGUUGAAGCGUCUCAGUCCAAAAGCAAUCGCAUACUACGCGUCGGGGACAGAUGAUGAGAUCACUAAGGUUGCAAACGGAACCAUCUACAAGUCUAUCCUCCUGCGACCAAGAGUUUUCGUCGAUUGCACACAUUGUUCCCUAUCAACCACUCUUCUGGGAAACCAGGUUGGACUGCCGAUAUUUGUGUCCCCAGCAGCUAUGGCGAAACUAGCCCACCCAUCCGGCGAGGCGGGGAUAGCUGCAGCAUGUUCCAAAUUCAACACUCUCCAGAUUAUCAGCAAGAACGCAUCCAUAUCACCAUCAGACAUCGUGCGAGCAGGCCUUGGCGCCGUAUUUGCAUGGCAGCUCUACGUCCUCAAAGAUAUCAACGCGACGGAGCGGACCUUGGCUCAAAUAAAAGCCAUCCCACAGAUCAAGUUCAUCGUCCUGACGCUUGAUGCGCCAUUUCCGGGAAAACGUGAGGCCGAUGAACGGUAUAAAGCCGCAGAAGUCGCGGGAGGUGGGCCUCCUCAAGUAUGGGGCACAGAGUCAACGCUGACCUGGCGCAAAACAUUGAAAUGGUUGUGCCAACAUACGGAUCGGCCGAUUGUUCUCAAGGGGAUUCAGACGCAUGAGGAUGCUUAUGCCGCAACUAUGUUUCCAGCUGUUAAGGGGAUCAUUCUCUCAAAUCACGGUGGGAGGGCUCUGGACACGGCCAAUACUCCUUUGCAGGUUCUGUUGGAGAUUAGGAAGUUUUGCCCUCAGGUCCUUACAGAGCUAGAAGUGUUCGUUGAUGGCGGUAUCAAGAGAGGCACGGACGUCGUCAAAGCGUUGGCAUUAGGAGCAAAAGGUGUUGGUCUCGGCAGAGCUGCACUCUAUGGCCUGGCAGUGGGCGGAAGCGAGGGUGUUUUCCUCACAGACGAAAUUGCCACAGCUAUGCGACUCCUCGGCGUCAGCCGCGUGAGUGAUCUUGGACCACAGCAUGUCAACGUCUCCAUCUUGAACUCUCGGCUCUACGAUGGACCAGCAGGGUUGGGAUUUGAUAGUUCGUUGAUGGGAUCGAUCAACGCGCUGCCAAAGUAUAUCGAGUAUUUUGGUUUGCCUGAAAACGGCAACGCGAGUACAGGCAUUGUAUUUGCCAUCUUUCAGGUCGGCCAAAUGUGUGGUGCACUCUUUAUCUGGAUGACGGACUGGUAUGGACGAACCUGGCACAUCUUCUUAGGUUGUUUGGGUGUGUGCAUUGGCACUAUCAUAACUGCCCUGGCAUCAAAUUUGCCCACCUUCAUCGCGGGAAGAUUCCUUCUCUCCUUUUUUGCAACGUGCGCACACACUGCUGCUCCUCUUUACCUGGUCGAACUCGCCCCGGCAGCCUAUCGGGGGACCAUUGCGGGAAUGUACAACACAUUCUACAAUGUUGGCUCCGUACUCUCGACAUCAGCGGUAUAUGCUUGCCACAAAUACCUGGCUCACCGGGGAAAUUUAGAUUGGAGAAUACCCCUGUGGCUUCAGAUGGUGUGCCCUGGACUUGUGUGUCUGGUUAUUAAAUUCUACCCUGAGUCUCCGAGAUGGCUCGUGUCCAAGGGUCGCCACGAUGAAGCGAAGAAUACUAUUGCCACCUACCAUACAAACGGUGACCUUGACCACCCGCUGGUAGCGCUUCAGAUGAGAGAAAUGCUCGCACUGGUUGACGAGGAGCACCAGGCGUCUUGGAAGGACUUGGUCGAUCUCCGAGUGCUUGUCGAGUCCCAUUCAAGUCGGUACAGACUAAUGUUGAACAUUGCGUUCUCUUGGUUCGGCCAGUUCAGUGGAAACAACAUCGUAUCAUACUAUCUCCCCAUCAUGCUCAGCGGUAUCGGUAUCACCGAUACGGAUACGAAACUGAUCCUCAACAUCGUCUACGCGGUCGUCGGGUGGGUGUCCUCCAUCUUCGGUUCGCGCCUCCAUGAUGUGGUUGGUCGCCGCAAAAUGCUGAUCACUAGCACGGCCGGUAUGACCGUCUGCCUCGCCAUUGUGGCAGGCUGCGCGGCUGGAUACACGGACUACGGCAAUAAAACGGCGUCAACCGUCAGCAUUGUUUUCAUCUUUCUCUUCGGUGCUAUCUUUGCCUGCGGAUUCACACCCAUGCAACCCAUCUACCCUGCGGAGGUUGUUAGUACCAAGAUGCGCGCUAAGGCGAUGGGUACCUUUAAGUUGACAGCCGGAGCUGCUGGGUUCCUCAAUACCUUUGUUGGACCCAUUGCACUGUCAAAUAUUGGAUACUGGUUCUAUGUGUUCUUUGUAUUCUGGGAUACGUUGGAAAUGACCUUUAUGUACUUAUUCUUUGUUGAGACCAAGGGAUGCACGCUGGAGGAGCUAGAUGUCAUCUUCGACACCCCUAAUCCGCGAAAGGCGAGUGUCGAGGCAGCGAAGGCGAGAAAACGGAUUAUGAGCAGUGCGGCUGCCCUUGAGAAAGCGACAGAGACCCUGCGACAGCAGUCCGGGGUUCUCCAACUACUAUUUCCCAAUUCCUCCCUAGAGGAACUAGUGGAGAAGGAUCGUUCUGAACUCAUCUUCCUUCUGUUGCACGAUGCACCAGAUGUUGCAGAGCGAUCAUCAGAGCACUAUACAGGAGCGUUGCCCGCUGCCAUAUCUCCCGUUAUUCCCAGCCAUCUCGAAGAUGCACCCGCCUCUCCGGAAGAGUCCGAGAGAGGAGAAUCGGGAGAGGAGAGACGGUGGGACGAGUCGGCGCAAAACCCAACUACGAUAGCCGCUAACGACGAUAUCAAUGCAAUCAGCCUCGCGGGCGACCGUCAUCGUCGCUCUUAUCUAGGCAUAUGCUCCGUAAGUGCGGUUCUUUGCGCGUUGUUUCGGCUUUAUCCUGCUGCAAAAGAACACAUCGUGGAACAAUCGAAGCAGUGGCUCGAGGUCCAACAGGUAGUCACUCGCCCGUCUAUUUGGAACCCUACUCCUGCUCUGCCAUUACCGUCAGAUUCUCUGCUUGAAAUGCGCUAUGUGGAGUUUUACUUCGAGCAUAUGCAUGCCAUCACGCCGUUCUUGGACGAGGAGUCGUUCCGAGCCACAUUCGCGGCAGCCGAUCGACAAACUCCUGCAUGGCUGGGCCUUUGCAAUAUGGUGCUCACGGUUGGUUCCAUUGCUUCAGGAAGUGACACAGCCCACGUACACUAUUACAAGAAAGCUCGUUCGUACCUGGACCUCGACUCCCUUGGAUCUGGUAACCUAGAGACUCUCCAAGCGCUGUGUCUACUGGGCGGGUACUAUCUCCAUUACCGAAACUCUCCGAACAUGGCAUACGCGAUCCUUGGUGCCGCCCAACGCCUCGCCAUAGCCUUGGGUUUACACCGCGAGUCCCAAGCCCGUGGGCAUCACCACCACCAAGAUUCUGACGCAAGCCACCACCGCGCCAUCCGGCUGGAAAGUCGACGGCGUACCUGGUGGAGCUUAUACUGCCUCGACACCUGGGCCAGUAUGACCUUAGGUCGUCCGACCUGUGGACGUUGGGACAGCAGCACGAUGAACACAUCCCUACCCACCCCACUUUGUCCAAAUGACCAUUUCGCAGCCUCUCUAAAAGCUAGCAUUCAAUUCUGCCACAUCGGCAACCGUCUCCAACAUCGCUUCGCCCAAUCGAUCCGAAUAUACCUAUCGGAAGCUCGAAGUCUCGAUCGCGAACUCCAGGAAUGGUACAAGUCCUUGCCCUCACUGCUGAAAGAGACCAUCAACGCCCCGCCACGCAUCACAGUUGCACGCGAAUUCCUACGAAAUAGAUAUCACAACAUCCGUCUCAUGCUGUCAAGAUGCUUCCUCUUAUAUAAGGCCUACCGUGACCCGAAAAGACAUAACACCAGCCAAACCGCAGAAGAAGAGCAAAUGGUCGACCUCUCCCGCGUUAUCGCCGCUGAGGCUAUCGAUGCAAUAGCGCUCCACUGGGUUCCCAACCGAACGCAAGUCUGGAAUGCGGCUUGGUAUCUGUUCCAAGCGAGUAUGGUUCCGCUUCUCUCUAUCGCCAUGGCUGCAUCCUCCUCUCCCACAACUGAGACUGAGACUGUGCCCUCUGAUGAUGUUCUGUCCUGGUAUGGAAGCCUGAAUAAGGCUCUUGAGAUCUUUGCGGAGAUGAAACCUUGGAUGAGAGCUUCUGACCGUGCCCGGGAUAUUGUGGUUGCACUGUUCCAGGCCGUAUCGCAGGGCACAGAGGGCACGAUACGGACGCCUUCCGUGGUUGACGGAGGGGGGUCUCAUUUGUUCGGUUGGGAGGAUGAGUUUUUGACAGAGAUGGAUUGGAGCAUGUUUCUGGGUGAUGAGAAUCUGUCGCUGUUGAUGAAUCAGCCUUAA